CUGUAUCUGUAAUCUCAUAAUGGCACCAAAACCUUUCUAAACCCAAACCAUGGCGAUGAUAGUUCCCACUCUCUCCUUUCAAAACCCCUCUCUUUCCAGUCUCAAAAGCAUUGGAGUUCGAUCCCGAACAGCCCCGUUUUCCUCUUCUAUAACCAAAAUCCAAUCAUUCAAUCCCAUUCAAACUCAUAACUUUCAUGGUUUUUCAGGGAGAACACCUGAACUCUUGUUCAGAAGAAAUUUGAGGGUUUGCGUGGCUGCCAAGGAGGAUAGCGAUGGUGGUUUUGAUGAAGCUGAGAAGCAGGCUAGAGGGGAGAGUACUAUGCCUGAGCGGUUCAGGUACCUGACGAAAGAAGCUCCCGACCCUCCCAUGAGAUGGCCUUUCUUUGUAGCGGUGGCUUUUCUACUCUAUGCAUGGAGGGCAGUUUUGUUUGAGUUACAUAAUUGGAAAAAGGCUGCAAUCGCCAUUGUUCAUUUUCUAGGAUAUCUCUCCAAACUUGCAUUGGCCCUUAUCUUUCAUUUCUUAGGUGAUCCAAUUACUUCGGUUAUCAGAUCCAUUGAGACGACAUUUUACAGCAUUCGAUCAUUCUACUCUGGCAUUGUUGCUUAUGCUCCAGUUCCCGAGCUGACCACAAUUAUCAUACUGUCAUCAAUUGUCCUUGCUAUUGCAGAAGCCACAGUUCCAGAUUCCAUCAACAGCCAACCGUAUAUCCUCACCUUAUCUGGCUUAAUUGGUUAUGCAGCUGUAGGAGGCUACAUCUCUGAGCCUUUCUUCUGGACCCUUUUGGUGGGGCUCUACGGAUUUUCUAGAUUUUUUAAGAAGAGAGAUGAUGUUUCAUCGUCAUUGCCUGCAGUAGCCGUUCUGGCUGCCGUUGGAGAACCUUGGAUUAGAGUUUUGGUGAUUGGUUCAUAUUUGGCUUUAGCGAUUUAUCAUCAUUCGAAGAAAUUUCCCGAAAGGGAGGAAGAAGCAGUAAUGACAGCUAGGAAACUUCCACUUCCGCUGCUGGGUGUUGCCUUAGCGAUUGGAAUUCGUAUUGCUGCCAAGUGGGCUGGUUACCGGCAUUUGACAUGGAUGAUAGUAUGAACUCAAAAAAUAAAAAUCUAUUUGUGAUAUCCCAUUCUAUCUCAAAGUUUUAAAGUAGGUUUUUUUUCUUUCUUUCAUAUAAUAUUUUGCUUUUUGUUCUUUAAAUUUUUCUAAGCCGCGUGUACAAAAGUGGAUAAUCCAGAGAUCCUUGUUGAGUUUGUCUCCCAUGUUAUUCAAGCUAAUCAUUUUUGUAUUAUGGUCA